UUUCCUUGUCAAUACAGUGUGCAAAAACAAUACAAAACAUCAUCAACUCUGCAACAGUGCCGUGGUUCAGUUUGGUGCAUCUCAUUAGUAGUAUGUUAAUUUUCUAGGCGAACUGGGUUCCGGCUGCGAAGCAGCAUGUGGCCAUGAGCGAAAAGAUCAACAGCAAGAAAAGUCCCAGAACCUCCAAGAUGACGAACAGAUCAUUCCUGUGGGGCGUCAUGGCCGCCUCAUUAACGUGGUCCAUUAGCAUAUACCUGUACUGGAAUCUCAGCAACACGCCGACGAACGGCGCGGGCGGCAGUGAGCAGCGAUUGGCAAAAGCCCCCACAUCCGCUACCGCGGCAGAAGACACUCGGCAUCUGAUGUUGAGGAAUCAAAACAGUCUGAUUGGUGCAUCGGACGAAAGGCUACAUAAGAAAUCCUCAAAGUGGGCGGAAAAAGGUAAAAGUCUGUUUAAAGAAAAGUACGCCCGAUUCAUGAACGAAAAAGAAAAGCGACGCAUAAGCCAUCGGUUGAUCGACGAGCUACAACCGAUGCUGAUACAACCGAAUGGAACCGACGAGUUCGGAAUGGUGCAAAACUCGGAGGAGCAGUUUAUCCGUGACAUUGGGUACAGGAAGCAUGCGUUCAACGUGCUGGUCAGCAACAAGUUGGGACCGUUCCGACCGAUCCCGGACACACGGCACAAGCUCUGUCAAGCACAGGUGUACGAUAAGGUGCUUCCCGUCGCAUCGGUUGUCAUGUGCUUCUACAACGAACAUCUCGAGACGCUGGUACGUUCCAUUCACACCGUGCUCAAACGGACUCCAGCCUAUCUGCUGAAGGAGCUCAUCCUCGUGGACGAUUGUAGCGACUUCGAGGACCUAACAGUCGGUGGGCAGUUAGAGACAGAACUAGCACAACUUGGUACGAACAAGGUGCGCCUCUUGCGGAACACCGAUCGAGAAGGACUGAUGCGGUCUCGGGUAUACGGUGCACGCAAUGCAACCGGCCAGGUGCUAAUAUUUCUCGACAGCCAUAUCGAGGUGAAUGUGGACUGGAUCGAGCCGUUGCUGGCGCGCAUCAAGCAUGACCGUACCAUCUUGGCGAUGCCGGUAAUCGAUAUCAUCAACUCGGACACAUUCGUGUACACUGCCAGUCCGUUAGUACGGGGCGGGUUCAACUGGGGUUUACACUUCAAGUGGGACAACCUGCCGAAGGGUAGCCUCGAACGUGACACGGACUUUCUCGGCCCGUUCAACUCACCGACAAUGGCCGGUGGCCUGUUUGCUAUCGACCGAGCAUAUUUCAAGGAGCUGGGCGAGUACGAUAUGGGCAUGGAUGUUUGGGGUGGCGAAAAUCUGGAGAUCUCCUUCCGCGCCUGGCAGUGUGGUGGGUCGAUUGAGCUACUGCCUUGCUCCCGCAUCGGUCACGUGUUCCGCAAACGACGUCCUUACGGUUCUCCCGACGGGCAGGAUACGAUGAUCCGAAAUUCACUGCGCCUAGCGCAUGUUUGGAUGGAUGACUACAUACGAUACUUCUACGAGCAGCAACCACAGGCACACCACGUACCGUAUGGAAACGUUAGCGAACGACAGCGUUUACGCGAACGUCUUGGUUGCAAACCGUUUCGAUGGUAUCUGGACAACAUCUACCCGCAAUUGCGUGUGCCGGGCGAGAAAACGUCCUCCGAUGCCAGAGACGCCACCCAGCCCAAGUUUGAACCAUGGCAUUCGCGAAAGCGAAACUACGUGGCUAGUUUUCAGAUACGCCUAUCGAACAGCUCGCUAUGCCUCUCGACCGAGCUGGACAGCGAGAAGAGCCUCUGGAAGAAGGGCUCGGGUUUGGUGCUGCAGCCGUGUUUGCGCGUGAAACAUCAAACGUGGUACGAGACGGAAAAGUCCGAACUCGUAUUGGGGCAGCUAUUGUGCUUGGAUGCACCGUCCAGUGCAACGAAGGGACGGCCCAAGCUGAACAAGUGCCACGAAAUGGGUGGCGAUCAGGCGUGGAAACAUCGUAAAACCUCUGGCACACCAAUCUACAACAUUGCUUCGGGCAGCUGUUUAACUGUGAAAGACAUACGCAAGGGAUCACCUGUGGGGCUGGAUCUAUGCGUUAGUUCCCCACGCAGCACUUGGGAUCUGGUAAUCUCGUGACAACAGAACUGAUGAUAAGAUACUGCAACUUUUUGUAUUCUACACAGACUUUCAAGUUUACCAUACAUUAGAUUCUAGUUAGGUAAUGAAAUGAAUAAAUCAUACCGUUCGUUUAUACAAUGUGA